UUUCCCUUUUCAAUCUGCAGAAUGUUUAAUGGGAUUCCCUUUUCAAUCUGCAGAAUGUCUAAUGGAAAAGUGUCAGGCUAGGAGUAGUACUGGUGGGCCGGUGGCCACUUUAAUAAUAGAAAAAGAGCCAUUCCUCACGCCAAUGUGAAGUUCUCUCAUGGACUUGGGCAAACAAGGGCCAAAAUCUUGGUAGAUUUAGAGAGGGAGAUCAGUACGGUCGUAGCCAUUAAUGGAGGUAAGUGGAAGGAAUAGGAGGGAGGGGAUGAAGGCAGUGCUGUACAUGGUGGUGGUGCAUGUAAUGGUUGCAGGAAUGAACAUCCUCUACAAGCUUUCGGCAGAUGGAGGUCGAAUGAGCCUCCGCGUCCUCGUCGCUUUCCGGUACAUGUUCGGGGCUGCCUUCCUCUGCCCUCUUGCCUUCUUCUUGGAGAGGAAGACCCGGACAAGGCUUAUAUGUUUUAUACUUGGCCAGGCCUUCUGUUGUCCAAUUUUCGGGUGA